UACGGUUGUACCUAUAAAUGCAUUGCCUCAUCACAUGUUUCCAGCCACCAUACACUGACAAUUAAUGAAAACAUCUCUAUAUAUCCAUCAUCCUCAUCUCCCUGCACCUUCUGAAAAUUCAGUACUUCAUUUUCCUCCACUCUAGUACUAAAAAAUCACACACACUGACACACAUACAUGUAGCAAUGGAGUUGCUGAGAAGAAUAAUCCAUGUGAUGAUAAUAAUAAUAAUAAUAGUGUUGUCAUCAGCAAUUAGCAAUAUUGCAUUUGGAGAGGGGAGGGGAGAGCAAGAUCUUGACCGCAUAACGGCGCUUCCAGGGCAGCCGGCGGUGAACUUCUCCCAGUAUUCCGGCUAUGUCACCGUCAACCAAGAAGAGGGCCGCGCCCUCUUCUACUGGCUCACGGAGGCUGCCGAUCAUCCGGACACUAAACCACUUCUUCUUUGGCUCAAUGGAGGACCUGGAUGUUCAUCAGUGGCGUAUGGAGCAUCAGAAGAAAUAGGGCCAUUUAGAAUCAACAAAAAUGCUUCAUCUCUCUACCUCAACAAAUACUCAUGGAAUAUAGUAGCAAAUGUUUUGUUUCUUGAAUCGCCUGCUGGCGUUGGCUUCUCCUACACAAACACGAGCUCCAACCUCGAGGACUCUGGGGACGAAAGAACUGCUGAGGAUGCUCUGGUUUUCCUGAUAAGAUGGAUGGAUAGGUUCCCACAGUACAAAUACAGAGACUUUUACAUCUCUGGAGAGAGCUAUGCAGGCCACUACGUCCCACAGCUGGCAAACAAGAUAUAUGAUUCUAACAACAAAUCUUCCCAUCCCAUCAUCAAUCUCAAAGGAUUCAUUGUAGGAAAUGCAGAUACAGACAGCUACUACGAUUACAUUGGAACCGUGAACUACUGGUGGAGCCACUCCUUGAUAUCGGAUCACACAUAUAACUUACUUUUUAAAUCAUGCAAUAACAGCUUCAAAGAUACUUCUCAUAAAUGUCAAGACAUGCUGACGUACGUGGAUAAAGAAAUUGGGAACAUAAAUCUGUACAACAUAUACACAGAGAGGUGCAAUGAACCACAAGGGGGAGGAAGCAGACAGUUUCUGAAGCGCAGGACAGUUGCACGCUCUUCAGGAUAUGACCCGUGUACAGAGAACUAUGCUGAGAUAUACUACAACAGGAUGGAUGUGCAGAAAGUGCUCCAUGCAAAUACUACAGGCAUUCCAUACAAGUGGACAGCAUGCAGUGAUCCACUUAUAAAUAACUGGAAAGACUCUCCCGCUUCAAUGCUCCCCGUCUACACAAAGCUGAUUGCUGCAGGGCUUAGAAUAUGGGUAUUCAGUGGGGACACAGAUGCAGUCGUUCCUGUGACAGCAACGAAGCUUUCUCUGAGCCAUCUCAAUCUCAGAAUCAAAACUCCAUGGUAUCCUUGGUAUGUUGGUGGCCAGGUGGGAGGAUGGACAGAGGUGUAUGAUGGGCUAACAUUUGCGACACUUAGAGGAGCUGGGCACGAGGUUCCUCUGUUUCAGCCUAUGAGAGCUUUCAAACUUAUAGAGUCCUUCUUGUCUGGGAAAGACUUGCCAAAAUCUCAGUAAGAUAGUAUAAAUGUACUUUCACGAAAACCAGGAGACGGAAUAUCUAGAAAAAGUCUUAGAAUAGGAUCAUUCAACAUGAAUUGUAUCUCAAAGUUACAUACUAUAGUUCUCAAGCAAGCUAUUCGUUCACAUCCUUGUUUUUAGCCAAAGGAAGAUUGUAUAAAGUAAACGUACAUGCAUUCAUUUUGACUAGAAACAUAAUUGUAUUUCUACAUAAA